AUGACAGCUGAGGAGGCGCGAAGCGAGUGGGCUUUGGCAGAGACACGUUACCCGGUGCUGUUGGUAGAGCCAAGGCCUGAGCUGCGACCACAGGGAGAGCUGGCUGCAGCAGGAUGGUGCCUUGGUCCUGAGGGGGGACAGUUGACCUUCAGGGAUGUGGCCAUAGAAUUCUCUCAGGAGGAGUGGGAGUGCCUGGACCCUGCUCAGCGGGAAUUGUACAAGGAUGUGAUGGUGGAGAACUACAGGAACCUGGUCUCCCUGGAUGUCUCUUACACAUGUGAUCAAGAAAUUACAACCAAAGGAGAACAGUAAUACAGGAGAAGUAUUCCAAACAGUGAUGUUGGAAAGGCAUGAAGGCCUUGAAAUCAAAGAUUUUUACCUCAGGGAAAUCCAGGAAAAUAUGCACGACUUUGAGUGGCAGUGGAGAGAUAAUGAAAUAAAUUACAAAGAAAUGUCUGUAACCCAUAAACAGUCUCACUGAUAGAAGAGAUCAGCAUGGUAAAAGUGAUGCAGGAAAUAGGCUUGGAUUAAGUUUUGGGAUAAACUACACAUGUU